UGAGGAGGUGAAGAAACAGCCGGGAUUUACAGUUGGGUAAGACAGCCACCGUUCCUAGACUAUUUGUCUCGUUUUGAAAUUUAGAGAGAUUUGCAACUUGUAAGCCAAAGAAUGCACAAUAGCAAAUAUCGUGCUUAAUACUAUGAACACGUCCGUUAAAAACAGAUUAACCAUUGCUAGGUCAGGAGUCCUCGGUAACGUCGAUCACUUGUAACAGCACCAAAAGCUAGUUUGUCCGACAAUUUAACUCAACAUAACAACCUUUGAUUGUGUGGCGAUUGAAGUUUUUGGCAUAUACCAAGGACGAUGGCAAAGGGAUUAAGAUACUCAAGUUACAUAUUUUAUUUUGCUGUAUUUACACUUCCACUCGUAGUGUGUCAGGUGAAGUUUACAACUUCCUACAGAGGAGGGAAAGUGACAGGAGUUCUAGGUUCUUCGUUCAAUUUCACAUGGACUUUAAGUGGAAACGUUCAAAGGUUUGAAUGGGGCACAGCUAAAGGCGUAAAUAACUUGGAUGAAGUUCUAGUUUCUAUCGACAAAUCCAACAACGUUAAUACCAUUGGAAAGUCCUCUCGAUACUAUGGACGUGUGAGCGGAGUCUGGGAUGGUAGAAACCCUGGACAGGUCACUUAUAUGCUGAACUCGAUAAACAUGGGAGACGAAAGGAGCUAUGCUUGCAGGCUCAGACCAGUGAGCAUGUUUGAUCCGUAUGCUUUUGAUAAAGUACGGUUGCUUGUAUCUGUGGCUAAACCAACACUUGAGGGAGGUCAAACGCAGUAUAUAGCCAGAGGCAGCCGAAUGUAUCUGACGUGUCGGUACAGCCCUUUGCCUCCUGUAUCCAAGGUGCAAUGGAUUAAAGAUGGGAUUGUGAUCACACAAAACACAACCGUUUUGAUUAAAGACUCACGGAUGAAUAUCACAAAGUACAACGAGACGCAAACACAGCUAUCAAUUACGAAAGUUACCGCAAAGGAUGCUGGAAAGUACGUAUGCAAUGUCACAUAUGAUAGUGACAGUGCAUCGGAAACGAAGAUAGUUUUUAUUGGAAUCAAGCCAGAAGUUGUAAUUGUUGGCGAUCUAGAGAGGUUUAUAGCUAAAGGUGACGACGUUGAGUUGACAUGUCGGUAUAAUGCUUCACCGCUAGUGUCUAAGGUACAGUGGAUUAAAAACGGCACAGUGAUGGCGGUAAAUACCUCUGUUCUGAUAAGUGACGCACGGGUGACUGUUUCGGGUUACAAUACAAGUCAAGCGGUGAUGUCAAUCACUGCAGUUACUCAAGAGGACAGUGGAAAUUAUACCUGCAGGGUUACAAAUCAUGUCGAUAGUACAUUGGCCACGACAGUGAUUACAAUUGAAGCUAAACCUUCCAUCACUACUUUUCCACAAAGUGUUACUAUCAGAGAAGGAGAAAAUGUGACUUUACAAUGCAACGCGACCGGAGGUUCAUCAUUAGAAAUAUCUUGGAGCUUUAGGGGAUCUUUGAUGAUGAAAAAUGGAGGGGUGGGAAACAUUCUCACCUUGUCAAUAGUGAAUGUGAACAGAAAGUAUGGUGGAGAUUACCGGUGUGUUGUGAGGAGCAGGAUUGGGAACAACACCUCUACCUCUACGCUUAAUGUGCAAUUUGCGCCCGAAAUCCUAAACCAGCUUCCACUGAACACCACUCGGCUGACCAGGGAAGGAUACAAAUAUAUUGUAUUUAGCUGCACAGUUGUUGGAAACCCUCCACCUCUUGUUUAUUGGACGAAAAAUGGAUUGAUAUUGAACGUGACAGCAAAUCCACGAUUAAGUGCACCAUCAUGGAACUCUAUUUACAGCCUGAAUAUCAUCAAUGUAAGUCGAUCAGACGCAGGGCAAUAUCGUUGUUUGGCUAUCAACAGUGUCGGAAACUCAGCAUCUCAUGGGGAGACCCUUAAAGUAUUUUAUGUACCCAAGAUCACAGUUCAUCCUCAGAAUAUCACUACAAAAGAAGGAGGUAGCCUCAGCAUAUAUUGUAACGCUACUGGAAAUCCAGACCCAACAGUAUCGUGGACCAAAGAUGGAUCUCUCAUACGUAGAAAUCUCAGGAUUGCUAUGUCGGCGGACAACAAGCAGCUGACCAUAACCAAUGCAGCUGCAUCAGACAGUGGAGAAUAUCGAUGUACCGCUGUGAACAGCAUUGGAAAAUACGCUUCCAUCGCUUCUACAGUCAUUGUUCAAUCUGCACCCAAAGCACCAAAAUAUGUGAGAGUUGUCUCAAAGAGUUCAAGAGUCGUAAAUAUCUCCUGGACGGCUGGUUUUAAUGGAAACAGUGCUAUUACAAACUACACGGUAGAGAUCAGUGAACAUAAUCAGAUGUCCUUUAGAGAUGCAGCAUGUCAAGGAUCUCUCUCAAGAAGUUCCUGUGUGAUAUCCAGCCCCUUUACAAGUGCUUCUCUUUAUGGCCUUCUUCCCUGGACAACAUACUUUGUCAGAGUUUUUGCAAGGAACAUGGUGGGCUCUAGUAUAGGCAGCUCUUUAGUGAAUGUUACCACAAAUGAAGAAGAGCCGACUGCAGCUCCUACGAAUGUGAGAGGACAUAACACCAGCUCAACCAGCAUCUUAGUGGAGUGGGGUGAUGUUCCAGCUGCAAAUCGGAAUGGUAUCAUUUUAACUUGCACUAUCACCUAUCAUUCGCUGAUUGAGAAUGACAAUGGCAGUAAAACAGUGGAUUAUGUAGAUCAUCAAGUGAAUCUAACAAGUCUGAAAGAGUUUGUCAACUACAGCAUCACAGUGUUCGCAUCGACGGCAAAAGGGCAUGGACCGCUGAGCAAUCUUAUUGUUAUUACCACUGAUCAGGACCGGCCAUCUGCUGCUCCUUUGAUUGUGAAAGCAAUUGACCUCAGCUCCACAAGCAUCAUAGUCUAUUGGGAUGAAGUUCCGGCUCAAGAUCAGAAUGGAAUCAUUCUUACUUACACCAUUACCUAUCAGUCACUGACAGAGCAUGACAAUGGCCACUUCAUCGUAGAUUAUCCAGAGUAUCGUAAGGAGCUGAUAGGUUUAAAAGAAUAUGUAUACUACAAGAUUAAAAUUUUCGCAUCAACCGAAAAAGGGAGAGGACCUGACAGCAAUCCCAUUUCCGUCCGAACUGAUCAGGAUAAGCCUUCUGGUCCUCCAGCAUACGUGAGAGUAUACUCCUACACAACCAGCAUCUUAGUGAUGUGGGAUGAAGUUCCAGCAGAUGAUCAAAAUGGUGUUAUUACAGGCUACACCAUAACCUAUUACCCACUGCCUCAGAAUCACAGUGGCUUAGUCAGGGCAGUAAAUUCUUCUCAACAUCGAAUAACCCUAAAAGGUCUAAUAGCGUCGGCCAAUUACAGCAUCAGAGUGUUAGCAUCCACUCUUAAAGGAGAUGGACCAAGCAGUAAUCCCAUAGUUGUCACCACUUUGCAAGGGAGCAUCCCACCUAGGAUCACCAUUCAUCCCGAAUCUCAGACCAAACCAGAAGGAAGAAAUGUGACUUUAUCUUGUUACGCUGACGGAAAUCCAGAACCGACAAUAUCAUGGACUAAAAAUGGAUCUCGUAUACAAGACAAUCCCAGAAUACGUUUCUCAGUGGACAACAAGAAGGUGACUAUAAGAGAUGUAAGAAGGACAGACAGAGGCCAAUACCGAUGUGUGGCGUACAACAAACUGGGGAAGGAAUCCUCAAGGAUAGCUUUACUGACCAUCCAAUUUGCACCUGAAAUAACCAAAAUUCCAAAAGAUGCCACGAAGAAGGAAGGACAAAAAGUUAUAUUUAGCUGUUCAGCAAUUGGGAACCCUCAACCAAUAAUUCAUUGGACAAAAGACGGAAUAAGAAUUUAUGUCGAGGACAAUCCACGUUUCAAUGUAUCUUCAACAAGCGCCAGUCACAGGUUAACAAUCAUGGAUAUCCGCCAAUCAGACGCAGGAAAAUAUAGAUGUGUUGCUGAAAACAGUGUGGACAGUUCUGUUUCAUCCGCAGCGACUCUGACAGUAGCAUGUAAGGUUUUAAUUAGUCGUUUGACUCAUGACUGUUACACAUUAAGACUCGGCAUGCCUGCUCCUUGUAGAACGCGUUUGAAUUUUAUGAGGAUUUUACUCGAUUACACGCUCUGUUACAAACCCUUGACGACCCGAAUUUUCAUUCUUUCAUUCAUUCAUUCUUUUCAUUCAAACGUCGGCUGCGGUAUCUUUCAUUCCCUAUUUGAGUUUCUGGCCGAAAAGAAAUUCAUGAGGUUUAAAAUUCCCGAAAUGAAUCAUAGCAUGAAGUAUAAUGUUAUGAUUUAUUAGAAAAAAUGCAAUUCAGAUUUUUUGUUACUAAAUCUGUCUUGUGACUUAUUGAAAUCACUAGCUCUGAUUUUAGCUUUGAAAUCUGAGUUAUACACACAAGCUUCAAGCUGGCAACCUACUGAGAAUUAAAAAAGUAAUUGUCAGAGAUUGCUGUAUCGAUUAGAUUCUCAACUCGAAUUUUCCCUUUGGAAAGUACGAGUGCGUCUCUCGACACUUAACUUCUGAAUUUGCUGCAAUAGACGGUUUUUAAUGUAAAAAUCUUACUGAUUAGUCUAACCCAAUCUUUCUUAUGCUUUCUCAAUCAGACAGACGGUUUAUCUGGAACAGCAUUGGUUGCUGCCUGAAAAAUGGUUUGAAAAGUUCUGCUUUGAGUGGCUGUACACACACCAACUGUUGUUCAUAGAAUGCAGUUCUUGAUCAUCACUUGUGAUUUGUGAUCCUGAUCAUGAAUAAUAUAAGUGUUCCCUUUGUACUUUUCUCUAGCGGAUAACAGCUGGAAGGCAUUCCUAAGAUGUUUAGUGCUACGACCACAGGGAUGAGAGCCUGACCGAGUAAUUUAGAAAAAAAUUAUAAAAGCGGUAUCUAGCGCGGAAACUAUAUACCGGCUCCAUUGGAUUUGCUUAACUUAGAGGUAACAGGUAGUUCUUUAGCACUGACAAUCACCAACUCUGGAAUAUAUACCUGAGGUCAAAAGGGGUAACUGGUCAAGUCGCCCGAGAGUCGUCUCGUCCGAAGUCAUGUUCACCCAGAACCUGAGUCAUGUCGCCCGCAAAAAAAAGAAAUUCAAGUCGCCCGGAGAAACAAGUACUUAAAAGAUCACACUUAGAGACUGUAAAUGGGCAAUAAAGUUGAGAAAUCGUUAUCACUAAA